CAACCCGUCUCUCUCUCUCUCUCUCUCUCUUUGCCGUUCCCUGUCCCAGUUUGCAGGGAAGGAGGCGGGCUUCUUCGGAAGACAACGCCAGUUGAUCGGCUUCGAUCCCUCCCACGUGGUUGAGCGCUGGGGGGAGACCUUGAGCCUUGCUUCCUGUACGCCCGACCGAAGUGGAGACUGCCUCUCCUCCACUCUCUUGUCGGACAGAGCCCGCGAUGGCAAACAAGUGUUAAACCUUGCUCGUUCCUCCGAAGAAUUCCAAAUUUUUUUUCUCACUGGAAAGAAUGCUGGAUGGUUCCUGGAAGAUAGAUAAAGACCGUUCCUUCUGGCGAGGAAAGUUUCAUGGAAGCGCUGUCACAACCAACAGUUGGGAUACGGAAAUUGUAUUCCUGCUCUGUGUGUGGGAGGAGUUUCAAGAGGAAUUCUCACCUCGUUCGACAUAAGAGGCUCCACACGGGAGAGAAACCCUAUCAAUGCCCCGACUGCGGGAAAAACUUCAGACAGAACACUGAUGUGAAUACACACCGGAGAAUCCACACAGGGGAAACACCCUAUCGGUGUGAACAGUGUGGGAAAAGUUUUCGGUACAGGCCGAGCCUCCUGAAACAUAUGAGAUGCCAUGAUGAUGAGAAUCUCUACGACUGUCUGGAAUGUGGAAAAAGCUUCAGUCUUAGUUUGGUUUCCAAUGCUUGUCAAGAUAGUUGCGUGCUGCGGAAACCGUAUCGAUGCCCUGACUGUGAUAAAAGUGUCCAGGCGAUCUCAAAUCUUGUUGUACACCUAACAGUUCCCAGGGCAAGAGAAUCCUAUGCAUGCCCUGACUGUGGGAAAGGCUUCAGCUGCAGCUUCCAACUUAUUAAACACAGGAGUCUCCAGACCAGAUUUUCGAUUCCUAAUCCGAAUGGUCUUUGCAGUCUGGACCAAAGCCAAGCACCUUUGCCCUCAAAUCCUCAGGAUGCAGAGGAAGUGGAGUGUCUAGGAAGCAUCUGUGAAGCAAGGGAUGACUUUGUGGGAAAAGAGUACGGAGAAGGGGAACCUCAGCAGAAGAUGAUUUUGCCUGCAAGAUCUUCUGGAAAGUUACUGGGAAGAUUUCACGGACUUGACAGCCAAAGCCCAGAAGCCUAUAAGAGUAGGCCAAAGCAUGAAAGGUGGCAGAGGAAGCAACCUGAAAUGGACGAAGAUGAAUCCACUGAUAAGGAGAGAGGCAACUUCCCUGCAUGUGAAAGACUGCUUAACUCAGAGAGGAAGCACCUCUGCUUUGUGUGUGGGAAACAGUUCCGUUACGAGUCCCAGCUGGUCUUGCAUGAACGGAUUCACACAGGAGAGAAACCUUUUGAAUGCGGUGUCUGUCAGAAAAGGUUCCGUGACAAAUCAGACCUGUGCAAACACCAGAAAAUCCACUCCAAAGGCAGGCUCUUUAAAUGCCUCGAGUGUAGCAGAACAUUCAUUCACCAGUUGGCCUUUGUUAGACAUCAGAGGCUUCAUCCAAGAAAUCAAGCCUGUGAAAAUGACCGAGUGUAUGUGGCGGUCCUGCCCUCAUACCAUGUGGAAACAGAAAGGAGUACUGGGGAUGGAGCGCAACCUACUGAGACUCUUAGCUUUAAUUAUAAACAAAAGGAUACCUGCUCUCUCUGGACUGUAGAGCUUGUUGAAGGGACGCAAGUUUAUUUAGCUCCUACAUAACAGCAGGUGACCAAACAGCAGGUGGAAAGCAGGAUGAAGACCUUCGUAAGGAACAUACUUUUUCAGAAUCAGUUUGAGUUCUGAUUGAAAGACUGCAAGAAAUUGUGUUUCAAAAUCCAAGACCCGAAACAUAAGAUACAAGGGAGAUCGCCAAGGCCACAGAAAUUUCCACUGUCGGAUCUUACAGGAGAAGAGAAGGAAAAUUUUUUGGCACUUUCCAGAGAAUGUAUUGAAAUCACGUGCCAGUUUUGAAGCCAUGCAGUCAAGAAACGACAGACACGCUCCAAUUUUGGAAAAGCAAUGCUCACACUUGGAAAAGCAAUGCUCACACUUAGUUGUAAAUCAGACACCAACUUCUGAAGAAACUUAGCCAAAGCACAGAAUCCGAGGAAAUCAUUACGGAGUUGAAAACACUAACCUCCAAACAAUCAUAAUUGUGGCGAACCUCUCUGUUCCUCCGAAGAAAUGCCACAGAACAGAGUCUGUUAUGAUGUUAAUGUUGUAUUUACGUUUUCUCCUGUUUUUAUUCAGUAUGCAAGCCUUACUUUACAACAGAUAGCCUACAUGAGCGGGAAGGGACCCAUAGAUGGUAAAGAAUGCAUGUAUGCCCUAAAAACAGAGUUCUCUUUGCCAACUUCAGUACAUCUGAGAGAGCAAUUGUGGAGAUGUUGUACAAAACUACACUAGAAAGAGCUUCUGUCUUAAAGCUUGAUCCAUGCAGUGUCUACCUCUGAAUGAGCUUGAGACAACCAAGUGGGAUUCAGCCGGUUCGCACUACUCCGGCAGAACCGGCUGUUAAAACGGUGCUUGUAAACAAUCAGUUGUUAAAUUAUUUGAAUCCCACCACUGGAACCGGUUGUUAAAUUAUUUGAAUCCCACCACUGCAAUCAAAGAAUAACUUAGCAGAUCGCUUUAAGAUGGGCAUCUGCCCUUAUGAGCACAAAUAGGAAGAUUUCAUGUACUUAAGAACAUAAUAUGACAUCUGAUGAGCAUCGAUUGAGCCCAGCAUACUUUCCCCACAGUAGGUGGCUGAAGUUCCAAAAGGAUUUGGAUGAAGUUCCCAAGUGAGGCACAGCUGGCAACAGUCUUCCCUUAUUGCUUGUUCCCCAGCUCAUGAUGCUUAAAGGUAUACAUAUUUUGUCUAAUCCCUGUUGCUGCAGACCAGGCAAUCACUGCUUUAAAAAACAUGCAGAAAAUAAGUAGAGAAGAAGAAGAAGAGUUUGGAUUUAUAUCCCCCCUUUCUCUCCUGCAGGAGACUCAAAGGGGUUUACAAUCUUCUUGCCCUUCCCCCCUCACAACAAACA